AUGGAUGAGUGGUGGACGCCAGAAAGUGGACACACGUGGCGUGUGAUUGCACAAAUGGUUGAUGAUGGCCGUGUUGGAUUCAACCAAGCAUGUGUACAUCUAGAAGCAUGGCAGAUUGUUUCAUACACCUUAUCUCUCACCUGCUUGUUUAUGUGGAUACAUCGGCAGCUGAAAGUAGAUCGCCCUCUUUCCACUCGUAUUCGUGCUAUGAUUUUUUCUGCUAUUCGCAUGAUACCAUGGGUGAAAGCUCAAAUAGAAGAAAAGAUGGAAAAAGCAAGAAGAGAUCUCGAAGAAACUGUACAUCAGUACGAUAAAAAGAAAGAAUUCUAUAAGUUUUUGCCUGAACGUGGACUUUCGGUUAAUGAUAUAAUUCGUGAGGCCGAAUUGUACAAAACAAUGAGUGAGUUUUCUUUUCAAGAAGGCCGUGUUUCUGGCAUCGUUUUUGCUAAUGUUGAUGAAGAGCAUAUGGUGCUCUUGCAAAAGAUGUUUGGUCUUUUUGCAUACUCAAAUCCAUUAUAUCCGGAUGUAUUUCCGGGUUCUCGUAAAAUGGAAGCCGAAAUUGUACGCAUUGUUGCUUCACUUCUUCAUGGUGGAUCAGGCUCGUGUGGAACAGUUACUUCUAAUGAUACAGAAAGCAACAUGUUAGCAUGCUUUGCAUAUCGAAAACGAGCAUUUUUGCUAGGGAUUAAACAUCCAGAAAUGGUCGUACCAGUUACUGCUCAUGCUGUAUUUGAUAAAGCUGCAAAAAUCUUGCAGAUGCGCAUAAGACAUAUUCCUGUUGACAAGAAUCAGCGAGUUGACGUAGGUGCGAUGAAGCGUGCAAUCACAAAUGAAACAUGUAUGCUCGUGGCAUCUGCUCCAAAUUAUUCAUCGGGCACUAUUGACAAUAUUGAAGCAGUUUCAGAACUGAGUCAGCGAUAUGGUAUUCCUUUACAUGUUGAUGCAACUCUUGGUGGCUUCAUAUUAUCUAUUAUGGAACGUUGUGAUUUCACUGUUAAACCGUUUGAUUUUCGUGUACCAGGUGUAACAUCAAUUGCUUGCGAUGUCCAGAAAUAUGGUUUUGCUCCAAAUGGGACAUCGCUAAUAUUAUAUCGUGAUUCUUCUUUACUUCAUCAUCAGUAUUUUUGCAAUAGCGAAUGGCCUGGAGGCAUCUACAUGACACCAACUUUAGUCGGUAAUAGAGAUGGAUGUGCGAUCGCUUUAACUUGGGCGACUUUACUUUAUAACGGAAGACAGGGUUAUACAGAACGCAUGGAAGCCAUUAUUAAAACAGUACGGAAGAUGAAAGAUGGCAUUGAAAAAUGUGUUCAUCUGCAGUUAGUUGGAGAUUCGGAUGUUGCAACUAUUGCUUUUACUGCUAAGGGUUUCAACGUUUACGCUUUAGCUGAUCGUAUGAACAAGUUGGGUUGGUUCCUAUCCACGCUUCAAAAUCCUCCUGCGCUAAAUAUAUGUAUUACAUUGAAUCAUACAAAACCAGGUGUUGUAGAGGAUUUUCUUCGUGAACUAAAUGUGGCAUGUGAGGAUUUGGUUUCAAAUCCAGAAUUCAGUCAGCAGUCGAGGACUGCUGCAAUUUAUGGCAUGGCAUCCGCUGUACCAGAUAAGUGUUUGGUAGAAGAAGUAGCUCAUAUGUACCUUGACAGCUGUUAUGCGUUACCGCUACCACCAGCUGGUCGCACACUGAGCGCUGAGGGAAGGAAAAUGAGCCUCAUGCAAGAUCAGAUUACGUCAUAA